GAACAAUCGACCAACGGACUAGAGAUUAGCCAUACUAAAAUGCGUUCCAGGUUAGCAGCAUGUGAACGAUGCAGAAAGGCAAAAUUAGCCUGUGAUCAUAAACGACCGGUGUGUACUCGCUGUCGCAACACCAACCAAGCCGGCAUCUGCAUCUACCGCGACUCGCCAUUCAAACGUAGAAGAACGAGCAUCUCGUCUCCAUCGGUUGAGCCACAGAGCAGUCUGCGAUCGCCGGAGGAGUCGCCGUUGUUCAACGCCCGGCAGACCCCAUAUCCGAAUCCUGGAUACCUUGGGUCUUCGAGCCAUGCUGCUAUCUUUAGCCAUAUCUCCCCGGAUGGUGACUGCAGUAACGCAUUCCAAGCAACGCAAGGUAGUCACUCAAAUGGCGAUGAUCACUUAAUACAGCAGGGUGCCGAUACUCUCCGACAGCUACUGAGCGCGUUCCCGCUAAAAGGAGUAAUCGACCUGGUUAUUUUCUGGCUUGCAAAAGGCGUCAACCUGGCUCUUACAGGACCCUUUGUUGCACAAUGUACCGAAAGCAUGCAUAACCUACUGGCCUGUAUGUCGGACGGGAACUGGCACCUGGCAUAUGCACGACAGUUGAUGCAGAACUCCGCCCGGCCUCUGGAAUUUAAUCAGUCUUCAACACUCGACUCUUUCUCUGCCCAGUUCCUACAUCAGAAUACUCGGUGGGAAACAUUGGGGCUCUUUUUUUCAGCCGUUAGUCGGGCUACGCUUGACGUGUCGUUUUUUCCCUCUCUAUACUCGACGGAGAAAGGUCAAUAUUCUCUUCGACGCAUGGCGAUGAAACUCUGCGACUAUAUUCUGGACAUUUGUUUAUCAUUAGACUGCUUGAACGACCUGCAGCUAUUAUUCCAAUACGAAAAUUUCAUUGUUCAUUCCCACGUGGAUGGAGAUCAAAGUUACCAUUCAUGGCGCAGAAUCGGAGAUGUGAUAUCUUCAACAUUCGCCUUGGGCUAUCACGAAGAUCUUGAAGCGAAGCCCGACGUGCCUCCAUUUAUAACAGAGAUGCGCAAAACUGCUUCCGCCAGAAUCUACUCAGCAGAUAAGAACCUGGCUAUUUUCCUUGGCCGACCUCCCCGGAUGUGCAAGCGGUUUUGUCAUCUUCACCUUCCUUCGAGCUGGCUUGGGUUCGAGGCGUUGGCUUAUGGACAUACUCCAAGUACCGAUGGAGACGAAGAGAUUAAGGCUACGUAUUGUGGGGAUACGCGCUGGUCUGUAAUAUGCGCCUCGUUGAAAGAGGAUAUAAUGGAGAUGCUACGUGAUGUCAAAGACGAGCAAUAUAUUGAAAGAGCAACUGCGAUCCAAGAAAAAGCCAUAGUUGAAUGGGAGGCAUUACCUCCCCAAUUUCGAUUGGACGGCACCCUAAAACAGUUUACUGGGAACCCAUUCGAGCGAGAUUUCGUGGUCAGUGUGCGACUCAACCAUUUGCAGGUCCUGUUUCUUGUGCAUCUUCUAUUGCUGGACAGCCCGGCUGCGCCUAAUGCGUCCAUCAUAGAGGUGGCGCAAGAAAUGCUCUCGUUGGUCACAGAAACCAUUCUUCUCCGAGAUCGGCUUGUCAAUUCAGGGACAAGCCUCAUCUGGAAGGUUGCCCACUUUGGUCUUCCAGCGGCCGGGAUCCUACUUCUCGCAAUGCUCAGGCAAAAGAACCACCAAAAUACUACUCCGAUACCGUGGACGAAAACUAUCCAAGACCUCAACGUAUUCGUUGCCGAAGUCGAUAUAGGAACGAUUAUUCGACCAGAGGAUCCAAACUACGCACUGUUAUCCAAGGCAACGCAGACUAUCCAGAGAUUCCUUGAUUCUAUGCAUUCGAAAAUAACGCCCCAGCCGCGGAACGAGGAUUGGACGGCGUUGCUGAACCAAGACCUCUGGGAUUCUGAAUUUGCGUUCUGGGAUAACAUGGCGGGUCAUCCUUCACUGGAUCCUUUGCCAGAAGUGUAAUAUGGUUCCGAUAAAACAAGCAACAUUUAUCUGACACUUAUACGGGCUUCGCUGAGCCAAGUCGAGGUCACUCGUGAUCUGACGAAUUACACUUGGCCAAUCUGAUAUAUAUCAUAGUAGGCAAUUGCGUUUCCUCUAUCUUUUGCCCUCCAAACAAUGCUUACAUGAUGUCGUCAACCGGAGAUGAGCGGCCAAAAG